UGCUGGGGGCUGGAGCAGAGGCUCAGCGCUGCCACUCCCCUCGUGUGUGUGCAGCUCUCCCUGCUCUCUGUUGGGUUUGUAUCCCGGUAACAUCGCUGUGCUCAGGUGCAGAGAGCUCCCUGUGGUCCCUGGAGCUCUGGGAAGCAUGAACAAAACUCAUCCCCAGAGAAACGGUGGUGUAGCUACUUUUGGUUCAAUGGAGUCCUCUGGAAAAAGAGGCUGCUGCCAUGGCUGUGGUGCCCGCGGGGGCUGCACAUGGAGACUCCUCUGCCUCUCUGCCCUGGCCCUGCUCGUCCUGGCGGCCGCGCUGGCCUCGGGGCUGGCGCUGGCGCUGCUGCCACGGGCUCCAGUGAACCGCUUCUGCACAGCCCCUAAUAACAAGACAGGCUUCCUGUGUGAUGACAGAGUGACCUGUGUCCCAGCCAGCUGGGUCUGUGACAGGGUCAGCAACUGCAGGAACGGAGAGGAUGAGCAGGAGCAGCUCUGUGGUGACUUGCCCCACAGCCUCCCAGGGCACCUGGUUUUCCACUGCAGCAACCCCAGGUCCUGGGUUUACGCUGACCAGAAGUGUGACGGGAUGAACGACUGCGGGGACUGCUCUGAUGAGACGUGGAGCUUGGCUGCCUGUCCCCCGUGUGGGCAGGACUGGUGGAGCUGCAGCCCUGUGCACUUCGAGUUCUGCUCCUGCAUCCCCAGGAGGCUGUGCCAGGAUGGCAUCCAGCACUGCCUGGGCUGGUCUGACGAGUUGGCCUGCACAGCCUGAAUCCUGGCACCCAUCCCUGCUGGGGACAGCAGGGUGCCUCCCACACGUCACCCCGGAGCCUUGGGCUCCUGCCCUGCCACCUCUUAGGAAGCUCCAGCCCAGCAAAUCCUCCCCAGCAGCGCAGGGGCCGAGGGCAGCCCUUGGCUGGGCUCUGCUGCCAUGUGGAGGUGACAAUUCCUUCGUGGGCAGCAGCCACUCGAUGCCCUGCUGGAGAUGCUUCACCAGGCACUGCUGGCACAGCCCUGGGCCAGGGCUUUCUCCUGCAGGGCCGUGCUGGGGCUCUGCAGGCAGCCACAGGGACACUGAGAACUGCCCCGAGCAGCAGGAGCUCAGUGAGGGGAGCCUCCAACACAUCCUCAUAGUCCUCAUCUUCACUGGCAGGAGGAGAAGCUGCUGUUUGUGUCCAAAACACACCUGCAGAUGGUUUCAGCGGGGGCUUUGAGGGCUGUGUUGAUGCUCUUGGGACAUUUCCCUGGGAAUGCCGUGCUGGGAGUGACACUGUGGGCUGCUCAGGCCACCUCCUGCUCUCUUCUCAAACCAUGAAGGCCAACACAGAGAGUGUAAUGGCAUGGAAAACUGGAGAAGUUUCAGGGUUUUGGGGGAUAAAUCAUGUCCCUGUGACAGAGUAGCUGUCACUGACAGCCAGGGCAGGGAACCAGCGUGUAAAUAACCUGCUCUUUACUCAGGGCUGUGCAGGUUUGCAGCAGCAGGUUGAAAGCAGCCAUGGAGCUGGGAUAGGUCUCACUGAAGCUGGCAAAGAAAGGAAGAAAAAGUUUCAGCCUUGGAGCAGAGAGCAGCAGAAAAUCCAGUGCUGCUCCCAGGGCGGUGUGGGAUGACACGGGAUGUGUUUGCUGCUUGUUCUGUUCCUCUGCCAGCAAGGCAGGGUCAGGCAGCCGAGCCUUCAAAGCAGUCCUCAGGAUAUGGGUAUGCACGUGACACUGACAUUUAAGGAAAAUGAGGUUUUCUCUGCUCCUUUGAAAAUCUCACCUGUGCCUAAAACAUCGAGGAAAACCCCACAUUUACAGUGAGUACUCUUACUUUUCUAGGCCCAAAAUAAAAGUGAGGUGAUCUUUUUCCCAUUGCCACCCCAGGUAAUAUUUAAAAAUAAACCCCUGUUCACUCA